GACUCGCCGAUCCCGCGACGAGACCAGCCGGCUGGCCCAACCCAGACCCACUCUCCGUCCCACUGCCCGUUGGGCCCUACACGCCACCACCUCCCUUAACCUCCGCUCCAAGCUCCCAGACUCCAUCCUCUUCCUCCUCCUCUUUCCAUUCUUCCUCCUCCCCCGGAACCAAUCCUACUUUCAUACUCGCGGGGAGAGAGGGAGAGUUGGAGGAGCGUAUAAGGAUUUCUCAGCUCUCUCUCUCUCGUCUCUCUGCGGUUUAUCUACCUUAUCUUCGCGGGCCGGGCUGUGUGGAGGACGGGAGGGAAGGACGUCGCCGUUGCAGCGCUGCUUCUGUUGGUCUUGAUGAUGGCGGGAGCGACGUCAGCCACGGCCGCGGCGGGCGCAUUCGCCGCGGGCGCCAAGGCGCGGGGUUCCGCUGCCGCCGCCGCCGCCGCCGCCUGCCCGAGGGUCGUUGCCGCCGGCGGGCGGAGGCGGUCCGGCGUCGUGCGCUGCGACGCCGGCGUGGAGGCCCAGGCGCAGGCGGCGGCCAAGGCGGCCAGCAUCGCCGCGCUCGAGCAGUUCAAGAUCUCCGCCGACCGUUACAUGAAGGAAAGGAGUAGCAUAGCUGUAAUAGGCCUCAGUGUACACACAGCACCAGUGGAAAUGCGUGAAAAACUUGCUGUUGCAGAGGAACUAUGGCCCCUUGCUAUUUCAGAACUCACCAGUCUGAAUCAUAUUGAAGAGGCUGCUGUUCUUAGUACCUGCAAUAGAAUGGAAAUUUAUGUGGUGGCUUUGUCGUGGAACCGUGGUAUUAGAGAAGUAGUAGACUGGAUGUCAAAGAAAAGUGGAAUCCCUGCUUCCGAGCUCAGGGAGCAUCUCUUCAUGUUGCGUGACAGUGAUGCUACUCGCCAUCUGUUUGAGGUAUCAUCUGGGCUUGACUCACUAGUUCUUGGAGAAGGACAGAUCCUUGCUCAAGUUAAACAAGUUGUCAGGAAUGGGCAAAACAGUGGAGGCUUGGGUAAGAACAUUGAUAGGAUGUUCAAGGAUGCAAUCACAGCUGGAAAGCGUGUCCGCUGUGAGACAAACAUAUCAGCUGGUGCUGUGUCUGUGAGUUCAGCUGCGGUUGAGUUGGCCCUUAUGAAGCUUCCAAAGUCUGAAUGCUUGUCAGCUAGGAUGCUUUUGAUUGGUGCUGGCAAAAUGGGCAAAUUAGUGGUCAAACAUUUGAUUGCCAAAGGAUGCAAGAAGGUUGUUGUGGUGAACCGCUCAGUGGAAAGGGUGGAUGCCAUUCGUGAAGAGAUGAAAGACAUCGAGAUCGUGUACAGGCCUCUCACGGAGAUGUAUGAAGCAGCUGCUGACGCUGAUGUUGUAUUCACGAGCACCGCGUCUGAAGCCCUUUUGUUCACAAAGGAGCAUGCAGAGGCCCUCCCUCCUAUUUCUCUUGCUAUGGGUGGUGUUCGGCUUUUUGUCGACAUAUCUGUCCCCAGAAAUGUGGGAGCCUGUGUGUCUGAUGUGGACCAUGCACGAGUAUACAAUGUUGAUGACUUGAAAGAGGUGGUGGAAGCCAACAAGGAAGACCGGCUCAGGAAAGCAAUGGAGGCCCAAACAAUCAUUACCCAAGAACUGAAACGGUUCGAGGCAUGGAGGGACUCGCUGGAGACCGUUCCGACCAUCAAAAAGCUGAGGUCCUAUGCUGACAGGAUCAGGGCAUCCGAGCUGGAGAAGUGCUUGCAGAAGAUCGGAGAAGACAACCUCAACAAGAAGAUGAGAAGAUCCAUCGAGGAGCUCAGCACCGGCAUAGUUAACAAACUCCUUCACGGCCCGUUGCAGCACCUGAGAUGUGAUGGCAGCGACAGCCGCACCCUGGACGAGACGCUUGAAAACAUGCAUGCCCUCAACAGAAUGUUCAGUCUUGACACCGAGAAGGCGGUCCUUGAGCAGAAGAUCAAGGCGAAGGUAGAGAAGACCCAAAGCUGAGGACCAGGAGCCAAAUCUAAGCUUGUAUAUCCACGUAUAUUACUCCCAGAAUGUCGCCACGUUCUAAUCCAAAUCUUUUUUGAUCCUCCACUUACCCCUGAGUUCGCCAAUUGUGUCGUGAAAUUAGCGCCAUGGCAGCCCCCAAAUCUGUUGAGAAGAUAGCAAAAGAAAUAUAUUUGCUCCGAACCUGCCUUUGUACAUUAUUUGUUGUGUUUACAGCCCGAUUUUUAAGCUGUACUAUAUAAUACGCUAUUGGACGAAAUAAACAGUAAUUGGAUGCCUGUGUUGUCUGGAGUAUCCAAGUUUGCA